UUGCAGAAGUCAGAAAUAUAGUACAUGAUGACCUGGGAAAUAGAACCACAUUGUCAAGAUGCUGUUCAUUCAGCCUCAGACACAUCCACUGGGUGCAUUCUCCAUACUUUCCUAGUUGAAAAUAAGGAAAUUCAUUCUGGUGAGGUGAUGCAAAUAAUUGGCAAUACACCAGAGCUUGGGAAUUGGAAGCUAGAUAAGGCAUUACCAAUGGAACUGGAAUCCCAGCAAGUUGACAAGGAGGUUUGGAAGGUGACUGUGUCAUUGCCAAAACAUACAGAAGUUUACUACAGGUACCUCUUGAUUGCAUCUCUUGAUCGGCCUAUUGUGAAGGAUGAUGGUAAACCCAUAAAAGUAGUCAGGCACUGGGAAACUUACGUUGAUCCUCGAUGCAUCACCACCACAGACAAUGGAGUGCAGAAAUCAGCUCUUGACACCUUUGGCAUCAUUGGAGGAGUGAGAAUGCUGGGAAAUGGUUGGCUGAGUGAUCAUGCUGUUGUUCAUUUGAAACUGUAUAAUUCUCCUAUUCCUCCAAUAGAAGUGUGGAAACGCAAGUUUGUCAAUCAAAAGUACAGGGUGAAAGUGACCCCAGUGGAUUUGGAGAAGGGACGGGAUGAAACCACCUUUUCACUUGAGGAAAGCACUGAAGAAGAACAAGAUCACAUUCAUUGGCCAAUUGUGGAGGUUUCUACCAUGACUACUGAUGACUUCCAAUUCUGUUCGCAAGACCAGUUUGGCAAGGUCUACCAUGAUGGGGAUUACAUGCUGUUCCAGUCCAAUGCACUUCGACCUGAGACAAUUGCUUAUAUGGUGGAUUUUUAUGUGGAUGAACCAAAUCCUCCUUCUGGUCAUAUCCCUGUCCACAUAGGAAGUAGUUACAUCCUACCUGGCAACUUGAAGACAUCCAAUGGAUUUUUGACCACUCCGAUUACAGGCAGAAAGAGGCGACCAAUUGGGCAGCUCACUAUUGAGUAUCUUGUGGUGCACCCCAUCAAGGACUACAGUUGUGAUUUGAGCACUUCUUACUCAAAGUACUGGAAGACAUCCUGGAGGGGACUGGACAUUGGCCAUCGUGGAUCAGGUUCAUCUCAUGGAACAAAUCCAACAAGCUGCUCCAAUGUGAGAGAAAAUACAAUUGGGUCAUUGCGCCAUGCUGGUGAACAUGGAGCAGACUUUGUGGAAUUUGAUGUGCAGCUCUCCAAAGACUUCAUACCUGUACUCUUUCAUGAUUUCCAUGUGGGGAUUGUGACUGAGAGGAAGGGAGAAGGGAGUGAUGUCCUCACAAUACCCGUGAAAGAAUUAACCCUUGAACAGUUGCAUAAGCUGAAGUUAGUGCACAAGGAAGAAAAGGAUCCCUCAAAUGGAGGAGAAGAUGGGAAUGAGGAAUUCCAACUAUUCCCCACCUUGGAGAAGGCUCUACAAGUUCUCAAACCAUCUAUUGGAUUUAACAUUGAAAUCAAGUGGACUAUGCAAUUGAAGGACACCACGUAUGAGCUUCAGCAUCCCCAUGAUUUGAACUUCUUCCUGGAUACUGUGCUCCGAGUUGUCCUUGAACAUGGGUGCCUUCGAAAAAUUGUCUUCUCAUGCUUCCAUCCAGAUGUUUGCACCAUGCUUAGACUCAAGCAGAAUCGCUAUCCAGUGCUAUUCCUGACUCAGGGUGAAACUGAACGUUGGCCUCAGUACCUGGAUCCUCGGACUCACUCUGUGCCUCAUGCAAUACGCUUUGCAAAGGCCACUGAACUCCUUGGUGUGAAUGCUCACUCUGAAGAUCUGAUACGAAACCCUUCAUUGAUUCAACUCGUGAAAGAUUCUGGGCUGGUGCUGUUCUGUUGGGGUGAGGAGAACAACGACCCUAAGAUAAUCCGGCAGUUGAAAGCAUGGGGAGUUGAUGGAGUUAUCUAUGACAAGAUUGACACAUACAAUGAGAAAGUUCUGAAAGUUAGCAUCUUCAGCCUAGAGGAGAAACUGGAAGUGGAUAUGUAUCUUUGAGCAAUAUUGAGUCAAGCAGCAGCUGCAGAUGCAAUGAUGUUGGGGUAAAAGAUUAUGAUGACAAGUUAAUUCCUAUUCCCCUCCUGCUUCUCCCAUAAUCUCAUCUGUUCAAAAAUAUCUGUCUUUUUCUUCAUGCCUUAGGAAAUGUUCAACUUUAUCUGGUGAUAUUUAUUCAGUUUAUACCUGAAGUGCAUUGUUUCAUUUGUAUCUUUUUUUGUCGUUUAUGGUUGUUCUGGUUGUUUUCAUGUCUAUGGGCCCUGGCUUUGCUUUUUUUGCUGCUUAAGGUUUUUUGCAUGAAAGUUGCUCAGGAUGGUUUAUGGCAUUAUAUUUUAUAAGAUACCCUCCAAAGUUUUCUUUCUGUAUUUGAAGAGAGUAUUCUGCUGUGAAUGAAUAUGCUUUGUUUUCUGCCUUUGUUUUCCUCUCUCCUACCUUUUCCAAGUGGAUUUUUUCCUUGUUCCUUCCUUACCACUAAAUGCUGCAGCUUCCUUUUGAGUUUUCUCUCAGUGUUUCUUAGUUUUUCUCUUAAGAUACUUCAUAAAUGGGGGAGUCUCCCCAUGUGAGAACAAAAGGAUCAUUCAUCUUGGAACACCUGCUGUUAAGAGCCUCUGAGCAGACUAUCACAUAAUAAUAUGUUUCAUCCAUGCAGUUCACUUUUGCUCAUACAUGUAAAGUUUCUCUGGAUUUCCCCUUGUUUUUUGUUUAUCCUCAAUUUUUAUUAAUUUUUCAUUGAAGACAGUGAUCACAUCAUGUAAAAUUGAUUUGCUCAUGUUGUGGCUUGGUUGGAUCUUCACAGAAGCAUCUGUGCAUGGCAAGAAAUUGUGGACAUGAGCAUGUUCCGUUGGUUAUCAUUGCGCUGGUGUACAGUGGGCAGGAUCCCAAGGAAAGCUGGAAACUUAUUAAUGGAUUAUUCCAGUAGAGACUCAUUUCCUUUCCCUUGUCAUUGUCUUCUAUGCAAAAUUGAAGGGAAUUGAAGUGCUACAGUCUAAAAACAGGCAGUUUUUUUGUUUGGUGAAACUUCCAGGCAUUGUACAAUUCAGCACAUCGGGUUGCUUCAUGGGGAUAUAGGAAUGUCUCAGAUACAAUAUAACUCAUCUCAUAAUAGUUUUUCAGGUCAGCUGGCUGAAAUUAACCACCCCAUGGAAGUUAAGGGGCUGUUUCUAACUGUGACCUAUCACUGGUACUUCAAAUAGUUGUAGGCAUGAGGCUGCAUGGUAGCUCAAAGUGUAAAAAGCGGCUUUUGCAUGAAGUUUGGCUUUUGAUAUUUGUAGGAAACAAGUUAAGGCUGAGAACAAAGGCCUACAUUCUGCAAGACAAACCUUUAUUAGGAAAAGGCUACCGUGAAACUAUCAACCUUGCUACAUUUUGCAAAUUUGAUUUUUCCAGGUUUUUUGCUAGUCUGGGCUGCUCUGUGGUGUAGUAUUGCUAUAUUGCUGAGUUUUUUUACUAUUAAUGAACUACAAGAGGUGUUGGGGUUGUAAGGAAACCGCUCUUCGUACAGUUCGAUAUUCUUUGAGCAUUUCAUGUGGAGUACUACUCAAUUGCAUGACUCUUGAGAUUGCAGGGAAUGUUACACUUCAAGUACAAAUCAGAAAGAUCAAUGAUGUUAGUGAUAACAUUGCAUCUUGCAUUGCGCUUUUUAUUUUUGACCGGUGAAAUCAGUG